AGCUCUCUGUUUGUCGUUGUUAAUGGUGGGUGCCGGGCAUGACGAGAGCGUGAGUUUCAAUGAUGGUUUGAGGUGCGCUUCGUCUCCCCUUGCAGACGCUGGCACUUUCUGUGCACUUGCCAUCUUGGCGGCACUUCCAUCAAAAGCGUGAAAGCCGAAGAGCGAAGAAAAGAAAAACAAUUGAAAAAACACAUCGAAUCAAAAAAGAAACGGUUCUGCCUCCCCGCAGGCAGGCGAGAAGGUUUUAUCUGACUUCCCGUUCGAUUCAUACCGUUAAAGCUGUCUCUUCUGCAUGCGAGAUGCGGGCUGGUUUUCGUGUUCGCGGUCUUCACUGGUCUCCAAUUUGCGGAAUGCGACGCGUUGCUCGAUGGGGCCGGCAUCCGUGCGACGCCUCGGCGGCGUGUCCGCUCCCGCGUUUCUUUCCGCGCCGUAGAGUAAGCACACGUGAUGGCCCAGCGUCAUUCCCCAGCACCACGAAACCACCGCUCGCUUCUCGUCAAGAUCGUUUACACGUCGUCUGCAACGCCAUCUACCGCAGCGCCACCGCACGCGAGGCCCUUCGCCAGGCCAUUCACGAACCGUCGCACGAAAACGCCCUUCGCCUGCUGGGUGAGUUCGAGGGAGACGCCGGGGUGUGGCGCGAUGCGGCGUGGGCGGCCGCCUUCGACGCGGCAGCACCGCAGCUCUCCGCGCAAAUUCGUCUUGUUUUGACGCGCGUCACGCAGUGGCACACGGUGCGGAAGGCCCCGACGAAGGUGGCGAUGCACGCGCCAUGGGAAUGGUACCCGCAGGCGCGUCUCACACGACGCACGUUCAUUUUCCACCACGGCCCGACCAACAGCGGCAAGACGCACGCCGCCCUCGAGGCGAUGAUGGCGGCGCGGAGCGGGGUGUACUGCGCCCCGCUGAAGGCGCUGGCUGCACAGGUGUGGCACCGCGUGAAUGACCGCGUACCGUGCGACCUCCUCAUCGGCGACGAGCGCGUGUUUGGUGGGGCCGCCGAGCACGUCUCCUGCACGGUGGAGAUGACCCCAAUCGAUCUCACGGUGGACGUCGCGGUGAUCGACGAGGUGCAGAUGCUCGCCGACCGCGACCGCGGCUGGGCGUGGACACGGGCCCUGCUAGGCAUCCCGGCCCGCGAGGUGCACCUCUGCGGGGAGAAGCGUGCGUUGCCGCUGGUGCAGCGUCUGCUCCACGCGACGCAUGAGCGGCAACGUCUUGCGUGUGUGGAGCACACCCGGCUCGUGCCGUUGACUGUGUCGCCAAGCCUUUCCGGGUCGCUGCGGGAGACUGUCGAAAACGGAGACUGCUUUGUGUGUUUCUCGAAGAAGAAGGUGCUCGACAUGCGUGACCGACUGAAUCGAAUCCCAGGCGUGACGAGCUCUGCGAUUUACGGGGCGAUGCCAUUCCAGGUCCGAGAAGCGGAGGCGGCACGCUUCAACCGCGGUGUCGCCGCCUACGUUCGACAAACCUCGGACACAGCCGCUGCGAACUGCACGGCAGCAGGUGCGCGUACACCGAAGCACGCAUUGGUGUCGACCGAUGCGAUUGCCUACGGCCUCAACAUGAACAUCGAGCGAAUGAUCUUCACCGCGCUGCGCAAGUUUGACGGCACGGCGAUGGUGGACGUGCCUGCCGCGACGGUUCAGCAAAUUGCCGGGCGGUCUGGCCGAUUUGGUCGCGCCCGACAACACGACGUGGGCCGGUGCACGGUCAUGGACGAGCGGGAUAUGCGCCGGUUCCAAGAAGCCAUGACCGCCACGCUGCCACCGCUGGAAAAGGCAGGGCUGCUGCCGACGGCGGACAUACUGCAGCUGUAUGUGGAGCUGGAAAGCACGCGUGCCCGCAAAAACGGCGAGGAGAUGAACGACUCCUUUUCCGAUUUGAUGUCUAAGUUUGCCGCGACGUGCAUGGCAUCGUCGCUUUUCUUCGCCUGUGCGAUGGAGCGGUCGCUGCUGCGGAUUGCGAAGCUGCUGGAGCCCGUUCGAGACCUCGCCCUUGUGGACCGUAUCGUCUUCUGCUACUUGCCACUCAGCGACGACAGCCCGGAGGCGCUGCAGCUGGUUGUGGCGUACGCCGAGGACCACGCCAAAGAGAUCCCCGUGCGUCUUCGGAUCGAUGCAGCGUGCGACGCGUUGCUGCAGCGCCUUCGGCAAUCAAAAAACGAAGACGGUCAUCAUCACGGCACCGCACGGCCUCCAUCGCCGCCGUCGUCGUCGUCCGUGCCGCAACGUAGGGAGGAUGUGGCGCAGCUCGAGCGCAUGUUUCGCCUUGCGGAGAUGUACUGCUGGCUAUCGUGGAGGUUUGGCAAAACGUUCCUUGACCGGGAGAAAGGGCUUGCACUGAAGGCGUCCAUCGCUGACGCCCUCACACGCCUGAACGGCAAUUAG